AUGUUCCAAAUGAUCCUCGGCCGCAGCGGCCAGCAUGCCAACGUCGUCAGACACCGUCUGCGCUCUAAACCCACUCCCGACGGCCACAUCCCACUGAACUCGCUCUACCGCCAGGGUGCGGCAUGGAGUGCAGGUGGCGUUGGAGUUGGCUCGACGCUGUUUGGCGUCUAUAGGACGUUUCAAUCCAUGAGGGCUUUUAAGUAUCUGAAAUAG